AUGGCCGAUUCCGCGGUUACCGUGCGAACCCGCAAGUUCAUCACCAACCGACUUCUCUCUCGCAAACAAUUCGUUGUUGAUGUCCUCCACCCCAACCGUGCCAACGUGAGCAAGGACGAUCUGCGCGCAAAACUGGCCGAGGUGUACAAGUCAAACAAGGAUCAGAUCAACGUCUUCGGUCUGCGGACACAAUACGGUGGCGGCAAAUCAACAGGUUUCGCCCUGAUCUACGAUUCGGUUGAGGCUCUCAAGAAGUUCGAACCUCACUACAGAUUGGUCCGAGUUGGCCAGGCUACCAAGAUCGAGAAGGCCUCCAGACAACAGCGCAAGCAGCGGAAGAAUCGUUCCAAGGAGUUCAGAGGUACAGCCAAGACGAAGGGCGCCAGCAAGGACAAGAAGAAAUAA